AGAAUCCUUUAACUUUGGAGUCCGUGAAGCGACUGAUAGCAGAAGGCAAUGAAGAAGAGCUGCACAGAUGUUUUGGGGCCCGGAUGGAGUUCGGGACAGCUGGCCUGCGAGCUGCCAUGGGAGUAGGAACCUCUUGUAUGAACGACUUGACCAUCAUCCAGACUACGCAGUAUCACAUCUGAAACUCUGUGCAGGGAUCAUGGUCACCGCUUCCCACAACCCGAAGCAGGAUAAUGGCUAUAAGGUCUACUGGGAUAAUGGAGCUCAGAUCAUCUCUCCUCAUGACAAAGGGAUUUCUCAAGCUAUUGAAGAAAAUCUAGAGCCAUGGCCUCAAGCUUGGGAUGACUCUUCAAUUGAUGGCAGCCCACUGCUGCACGACCCAAGUGCUUCCAUCAAUAACGACUAUUUUGAAGACCUUAAAAAAUACUGUUUCCACAGGAAUGUGAACAGAGAGACCAAGGUGAAGUUCGUGCACACCUCCGUCCACGGGGUGGGGCAUAACUUCGUGCAGUCGGCUUUCAAGGCUUUUGACCUUGUUCCUCCUGAGGCCGUGUCCGAGCAGAAAGAUCCCGAUCCUGAGUUCCCGACAGUGAAAUACCCAAAUCCCGAAGAGGGUAAAGGUGUCUUGACUUUGUCUUUUGCUUUGGCUGACAAAACCAAAACUAAAAUUGUGCUAGCAAAUGACCCAGAUGCGGAUAGACUUGCUGUGGCAGAAAAGCAAGACAGUGGUGAAUGGAGAGUGUUUUCAGGCAAUGAGUUGGGGGCACUCCUGGGCUGGUGGCUUUUCACUUCUUGGAAAGAAAAGAACAGGGACCGCAGUGCCCUCAAAGACACCUACAUGUUGUCUAGCACCGUCUCCUCCAAAAUCCUGCGCGCCAUCGCCUUAAAGGAGGGUUUCCAUUUCGAGGAAACAUUAACCGGCUUUAAGUGGAUGGGUAACAGAGCCAAGCAGCUGCUGGACCAAGGGAAAACUGUCUUGUUUGCAUUUGAGGAAGCUAUUGGAUAUAUGUGCUGCCCUUUUGUCCUAGACAAAGAUGGAGUCAGUGCCGCUGUCAUAAGCGCAGAGCUGGCCAGCUUUCUAGCUACCAAGAAUCUUUCUAUGUCUCAGCAGCUGCAGGCCAUCUACAUGGAGUAUGGCUAUCAUCUUACCAAAGCUUCCUAUUUUAUCUGCCAUGAUCAAACUAUCAUUGAAACAUUAUUUGAAAACCUCCGAAACUACGACAGAAAAAAUCACUAUCCAAAAAUGUGUGGCAGAUUUGAAAUAUCUGCCAUUAGGGACCUCACCACUGGCUAUGAUGACAGCCAACCUGAUAAAAAGGCUGUUCUUCCCACGAGUAAAAGCAGCCAAAUGAUAACGUUCACCUUUGCCAAUGGAGGAGUGGCCACCAUGCGGACCAGUGGGACCGAGCCCAAAAUCAAGUACUAUGCAGAACUGUGUGCCCCUCCCGGAAACAGUGAUCCUGAGCAGCUGAAGAAGGAACUGAAUGAACUAGUCAGUGCGAUUGAAGAACAUUUUUUCCAGCCACAAAAGUAUAAUUUGCAACCAAAGGCAGAGUAAAAUGGUCCAGCUUUUGGGACAGUUAUGUUUCCCUACAACUCAGCUGAAUUUGAUUUGUUAAGCAAUAUUUUUGAGGGCCAAAUGUUCCCAAUUUUCAUGAUAAGUAUUUAUAUUUUUAAAAAAUAUCUACAUUCCUCAUUGUUUUGUGCGAAUAAAGAAAUAAUAGGCCAACGAUUCUAUUGAAAAGUUGAGUCUGGGCAUUAUAUGAAUUUUAAAAAAUGAAUAUUUUAAAAAUAACUAACUUUUAAAAAUGGGCUGUUAUUAUUAUGCCUUAAUUUGCCUAAAUCAUGAAUGUAUGUCUUCUCUGUAAUUAUUUUCAUGAAUACUUGAAAUAACCAGAAAAUCUAUACGGUUACCCAAUUUUGGGCAGUCCUGUGGAGCCUGACCACUUUUUAGGUGUGUGUUCAUUUAUGUUUCUAUCAGUUCUUUAUAAAAUGAAAUAAAUGACCAGAUCAAAUGUUGUGUUCAUGUUUGGGGAAAAUAAAACUUACAGGAAUCUGUAAAGUGGGUCAAAAGAUGCUUUUAAAAGAUAAGUUUUUUUUUUUUACCUAAAACUUUCUCAUUUCUCUACACUAAUAUAUAGUGUAUUAGUGAACUAAUUAAUUAGUAUUACUUCUAAUAAUAAACUAUUUAAAACAGUU